AUGGGUAUCUUCGGUUGGGACGACUCCAACGACGCCUACCAGCAGUACCAGAACGGUGGAGGCCAGGAGCACGAGGGCUCCAAGCUCCACGAGUUCGUUGGCGGUGCUGCUGCCUUUGAGGGUUUCAAGCUGUUCGAGGACCACCAGCGUGCUGAGGGCAAGCAAGUCAACCACGCAUUCGCCAAGGAGCUGGUGGCCGGCUUCGCGGGCGCUGAGGCUGAGAAGUUCGCCGAGACCCGUGGUCUUAACGAGUACGAUAAGAUCCAGGCUCGCCGUCACGCAGAGGACAGUGCCCAGAACAUGUACUCUGAGCACUAUGAGCAGAACCUCGGUGCCGACCAGUACGACCCUCAGCAAUACGGCGGUCACGACUACAUCCAGAACAACUACAACAACUACUAGAUUGGUUGACGAGAAGUGCUGGACAUUGUAUUGACGCAAAUAUGAUAUCUCACGAAAUUGCUCUAGCAUACUCAGCGAGCUCUAUUUAUUUCAAUGGAAAACAGUAAAAUUGUUAACAUAAUGUGCAUUCUUAGAAGAUUGAGAUGCCCGUGGAAAAUUUGGAGUGCCAUGACGCCAUAGUGUUAUGUAUAACUUGAGUGAAGCUGAUCGUUCGAAUUGAAGAAGCAGUCGCGUAACGCUGCAUCGCGUUGUCGCUUGGGUUUAUUUCGUGUCCGAUGCCACUAUGAUUUUGCUGCACCAGCCUUUAGCCAGUAUUUGGACGUG